AUGAAAACGCACACGCCAUCAAAACCGGAUGGUGAUCGCGAAUUGUUCGAGGAGCGAGUUUUUCCUACUUCGACUAUGACCGAAUUGGUUGGACAUGAGCUUCAGCCAUUUGCAGAUACAUUUGUUUCCAAAAACGUGAUUGAUCAGCUGCAUAAGUUGAAGUAUGCCUCAGAGAAUAUGCAGCAAUUAGACCAUGUGAAUGACAACGAUGCGAUUUAUGGUAUUUUAAGUGAAAUUAAAGACAAAACGAGGCUGUUGCGUUAUGCUAAAUUGCUAGUUUGGCUCGGAACGAAGUCACCAAUGGAUCAGAAAGCCGCGAUCUCGACUCUAUUAAACAUUUUGACGACACCUGUGCACACCGAAAUUCUACCAAAAAUCUUUACAAAUGGAAAGAAGAAAAAAGGCCUUUUUUAUGUUUUGGCUAUAGCUGUGGAGAGGAAAUGGUGGUUGAGUAUUUCGACGAGUGAGAUGUACGAAGCUCUGGGAUUCUCUUCCGGCAUCAAGGAUGAUGAAGAUUUUGUUAAACAAUUGGGUCCUCUAAUUUGGGAAAAAUUUGACCAUUUCGGAGAAGAAGAUUUUAGUGACGGAAAUACUUUUAAGCCUUUUGACGCUUUGUUUAAUGAUCUAAUCCGAACUGCAGGUGCUUACGCACCCAUCGACGCUGUCAAAUUUCUAACGAGACCAGAUUUUUGGAGUGAAUAUAAUCGAGCGGCAACAGCCGACAAGAGUGUCGCCAUGUUGAUAGAAGACGAUUUACUUAAGCUAUCACAGGAUGAACUUAUGUGGGCAAAAUUGAUGUACAUGCUUCGAGACGACGAUAUUGCAAUUAAUUUUUUUCCUGGUGUUUUCGACAGACUUCUGCAAAAGCAAAUAGCUGUUACUAAUGAACCGCAGCAUCUGCCCAGCCAGGUUGUCAGGUACCUGACAAGCCAACAAUUUCGCUCAGAUUACGACCCUUUAGUUUCAAUGAGCAGUUUCAAGGAAAUGCUCUCUACACUCUCUACGGAUAAAGCCAUGUUGGCCAAAGUUUUGUACGUGUUACGGAAUGACAAAAGCCUUUCGGAAUUCCCUGAUAUAUUGGAAACUUUCACUGAUGACUGGAAUAAUAUCGGCGCACAUACCAAACAGAUUUCUUUAAGGGAAUGCGAAGAAUUCCUCAAGAGCGAAAAUUUCUUUGCCUUUUCCUUGUACAAGCGGUUCAUAAGCAACAAUCCCGAUGCAUCUUCGCCAGAAUUCAUGCGAACGCGAUCAACAGAUGAAGUGGCCUGGGCUCUCGCUCUAUAUAACCUGCUAGGUGACCCUAAAUAUUCGGAUAUUUUCGUCGGUGUGCUCGACGCUCUUUUCCACUCGUGGGUUGCAAAACCAUACAAUUCGGUUGCAGCUACAGGAAAGAAUCGAUUUCUUAUCGGCGCUUAUAAAUUAUUACGAGAGAGUAAAUCCGAUAUUGAUUCUCGCCAACCAGAACUUUCAGAAGCCAAAAUUAUACUGGACACACUGCUUGAGCAUUCGAAAGAUGAAUUGAUGUGGGCCCGUUUUCUGUACAAGCUAAAACAAGACACAACUGUAAACGUUGUAGUUUCCAAGGUGUUUGACAUUCUUCUACAGACAAGAAUGUCAGUACACACACCCAGUCAAUGUAUCGCCUUCCUGACAAGUCCGUCCUUCCCAUCGAUGGUCGAUUUGGAUUUAUUGAACAUAUGGUCUGAAGAUGAAGUCAUGUGGUCCAAGCUAUUGUACAUGUUGGGCUGCAGCGAAAAUGAGCAGCCCAAUUCGCUGCACAACUUGUUGUUAAAAAACUGCAACACGGAUUACGCGAAAUUUUCGAGCGACAACCCCAGUGUAUAUCUGCUGGAAUAUCUACAAAAGCAAAUAAAAGAUGAUACGAAGUUGGUUAGCCAGCUACAUCAAUUGAAGAAAUCGGAUGAAGUUCUAGAUGGACUCGCUGAGGACGACCACACGCAGACUGUGGUAGUGGAGGUGACAACAAAAACUGGUGAUUCGCUCGAGUAUAGAAGCAUUUCAGCACCCGCUAAUGUGACCAGCAGCUGCAUUAUAUACUGGAUGACGAAAAUGAAUCGAAAGAAUGGACUGGCGAGCUUCCAACUUCAAGUCUAA